ACGAUCAAAAUACAGUCACCUCUACCAAAGGGAGCCCAAAAUCACUCCUUAGAUUAAUUAUUGUGAUAAUAUACCUAAUAGUCAAUAGAUAUAUAUUUUAUCAAGCAUUUGUGGUUUAAAAGCUCCCCAUUAUGGGGCGAAAUAAUAUUUGGCACGUCUCUUUGAUAGUGUCAAGUUUGUGCGUCGUUUCAUCAGCUUCACCACACCAUGAUGGCUAUUCAUUUUUAAGAAGUGCAGUGGAAACUAUACCUGAACAUGAACCGAUAGCAACCCCUAUCCGUGCUUCUGUUGAAAGCGUACCACUUGGGAGUCUUCGUGAGGAAAGAGAAGGGAGAUUGCCUUUGCGGGAUGCGGUAGAGAAAAGACUGAUUUCCGUCAUAAAUCCUAACAACAGACUCAAAUUUACUCAGGAUGUAGAGAAUAUACCAACGGAACCAAAUUUAGAAGGAUUAAACAGAUUCUAUGGCGCGGCUAGUUAUUUAAAUAAUGGUACUAUAAAUGACGAACGCCUGCACCAUGGUAACGCUAACCUUCAAGAAAUGCAACAAACGGCGACUGGUACCGAUUCUCGUCGAUUGGUAGUAUGCUACCUGGAGUCCUGGGCAGCGUAUCGUGCACCGCCUUUGGCAUUCACAGCGAGUCUUGUGCCAAAGUCCUGCACACACCUGCAUUAUGCGUUUGCGGUUAUACACCCUCACACAUAUGCUAUUAUACCAGCAAAUGAGGACUAUGAUAUUAUAAAAGGUGGUUAUCGCAUUGCAACUGGUCUGAAACAAAGUUUACCUGGUAUCCGAGUAAUUAUAAGCGUGGGUGGCGAUGGCACAGAUAGAUUGUUCAGUGAAAUGGUUCAAAGUCCAAGAAGUCGUAGCAAGUUUAUAGAUAGCGCCCUAAACUUUUUACAAGAACACGAUUUCGAUGGACUCGAUCUUCACUGGGUAUAUCCUGGUGAAAAAGAUGAUAAAGAAAAAGAUUUACUUACAUCUCUACUUUAUGAAAUGAGAGAGAAAUUUUCGAGUUACGGAUUCCUUUUAACUACCGUUUUGCCGCCAUCUAGAUAUCAAAUAGAAGAUGGCUAUGAUUUAAGUGCAGUCAGCGGUGCCACAGAUUAUGCUGUUCUUCAGGCAUGGGAUAUGAUUCAUGGAAAAAAAGAUGAAGCGCCUUCUAGGGCUCUUCAGCAUAGCGCACUACACCGAGACCCAGGCGCAUCCUCCAGGGAUCAAAGAUAUGAUAACAUUGAAUUCGUUGUAAAAUACCUCAUACGACACUCUAUGGCAGCAGAGAAACUAGUUCUUGGUAUACCUUUAUUUGGACGCAGCUAUACAUUAGUGGGGUCAACACAGCCCUCACCAGGAGCUUAUGUAAAUGGGUGGGGGGAAGAAGGACAAUAUACCCAGAUUAAAGGAAAAUUAGCAUAUUUUGAGAUAUGUAUGGCUGAACGUGAAGGCAAAGGCAUGACUAAUAUAGAUGAAGCUGGAAAUGCUUAUGCUGUGUUUGACAACCAAUGGAUAACAUAUGAUACUCCUAAUACCAUUUUAGAAAAGAUGCGAUUUGUUAAAACAUCUAGUUUGGCUGGUGCUGCAGCGUGGGCUCUUGACAUGGAUGAUUUCCGUGGUUUAUGCGGAUCCGCUUUUCCAAUGUUGACAGCCAUAGCCACAAGUCUGAAUGGUGAAGCAGUUUCAUCUGAUCAAUCUUCAUUAAAAAUAGGAUCUUGUGAUUCGGAUGUACCAUAUUUAGCUUCUGAUGAAGAUUCCUGCGCACAUUUUCACUUCUGCAGUGGUAAAAUAAAUUAUAGAAUGGUUUGCGAAGAAGAUCGGCUUUAUGAUCCCUCUACAGGGUUCUGCGGACACCAAGAUGUUAGAAGAUGUAUUCCGGGGCAAACAUUGAGGAUCAAUGUGAACGACGCUGAGCGUUUCUUAUCACGGGAAUAUGAAAUCGACUUUAAAUGGAGCAAUAGUCACAAAAAGGAACCAUUGAAAAGCCCUGAAACAUAUUCAUCUAUAUGGGACAUUAAAAAAAACAAAGACAAUGACAAACGAGUGGUGUGCUACAUGACGAGCUGGGCAUUCUACCGCCGUGGUGAUGGUAAAUUUGUACCGGAGUAUAUCGACAAUAGACUGUGCACUCAUGUCGUUUACGCUUACGCGUCACUCUCGCCAACCGAUCUUGUCGCGAAGGAGUUUGACCCUUGGGCUGAUCUUACAAACAAUUUAUACGAGCGAGUAACGUCUUUGAAAGACGUAAAAGUUCUCCUAGGCCUUGGUGGAUGGACCGAUUCAGAUGGUGAUAAAUAUUCCCGAUUGGUAUCAUCAGCUUCAGCCCGUGCUAAGUUUACAGAGAAAUUACUGAGUUUUCUCCGCAUGCACAAUUUCAACGGCCUGCAUUUGGACUGGAAUUAUCCAGUGUGCUGGCAAAGUAAUUGCAAAAAGGGUGCUGCAUCAGACAAAAGGAAUUUUGCUAAAUUUGUUGAGGAACUAUCAACAGCAUUACACGACGCUGGAAUGGAACUUGGUGUUGCAAUAUCUGGUUAUAAGGAAGUAAUCGAUGUUGCUUACGAUUUGCCAGCAAUAUCAAAAGCAGCCGAUUUCUUAAGCUCAAUGACAUACGACUACCAUGGUGGUUGGGAACAGACGACUGGACACCACACACCAUUGGUUCCAAGAGCCAAUGAUCCCGUCUCCUAUUACUCCAUCGAAUAUGCCAUAAAAGCUAUGAUAAGCGGUGGUGCUGAUCCCAAAAAACUGUUACUCGGAUUGUCUUUCUACGGACAAUCGUUCAGACUCACCGACGUCGAGUCGGCGAAAGUACCAGGGGCUCCGGCCGCGGGCCCCGGAGAACCGGGAGAGUUCACAAAACAACCUGGAAUGUUGGCUUACUACGAAAUCUGUUAUAGAGUGAAAAGCUUACGCUGGAAAACUGGUAGACAAGACAACGCUGGUCCCUAUGCUUACUCAGACAGUCAAUGGGUAGGAUACGACGAUCCCAAGUCCAUAACUGAAAAGGUGGAAUGGGCAAUGCGACAAGGGCUAGGCGGCGUGACGGCAUGGGCGAUCGAUCUCGACGACUUCAACAACCGAUGCUGUAGCGAGCCGUCGCCGCUACUGCGCGCCGCGGGCCGCGCGCUCGGCCGCUCGGUGCCGGCGCCGCCCUCUGCUGCCUGCGAGCGCCCGCCGCAACCGGUCACUCCUGCUCCGCCUACCACCACCACCGCAGAAGCUGAUGGGUCAUUGGGCGGCAGUGGAGGUGGCAGCCAUGGCAACCAUGAUCAUCACACUUCGACCACGUGGCCCACUUGGACUCAGUCAACAACGACUCCUAGCUCUACUCAAACGUGGUGGCCUGUAACAUCCACCACGACCACCACUACAACCAGACGUACCACCACCACCACCACUUCAACUACCACCACAAAACGACCAGUUGCAAUUACUAGACCACCUGCUCCAGACAGUGGAAAUACUGGUGAAGGAGAUUCCUGCAAAGCUGGCGAGUACAGUGCGGCGCCCAAUGACUGCGAAGGAUACUUACAGUGCGAGAGUGGGCACUGGCAGAAGCAUCGUUGUGCACCAGGCCUGCAUUGGGCGUCCUCAGUCAAUAGAUGUGAUUGGCCUAGUUUCGCCAACUGUAAUGAAAAACCAAAUAACGAAGCUAGUACAGCGACUACUACGCUUGCGCCCGUAACGGCGCGUCCACCAAAGCCAACCACGAUCAGAACGACUACUACUACCAGUACUACUACUACACGUAGACCGACUACUACGUCAUCACGACCUGAAGCUGAUGCUGAAAUAGAAGGUGGUGCAUGUAAUGGUCAUGAUUACAAACCAGUGGCGGGUGACUGUAACUCGUACUUACAAUGCGACGGCAGCACGUGGCGACCGCAACACUGCGCGCCAGGCCUGCACUGGAGCCCCACGGAGAAGCAGUGCGAUUGGCCCAAGUACGCCAAAUGUAAAGGAUCAACUUCAAAACCCGCGACAGAAAAGCCAAAACCUUCACGUCCAGCCACGAGACCACCUACAGUGGCACCUAGUGGGCAACCGGUAGAGGAUGCUGAAUGCGGUCCAGGCGAGCAUCACGCACCAGCAAGUUCGUGCGACUCGUACUUGCUGUGUGCUGGUGGCCGCUGGCGACAGCAGCGUUGUCCAUCUGGCCUGCACUGGGACAAACGUACCAACCGUUGCGACUGGGCCGAAUUUGCCAUGUGCGAAGCCAAACCAAUUUCUACCAAGUCAACAUAUCGCCCAACCACAUAUACGACGACGACCAAGAGACCAACUACAACUUAUAGACCUGCUAUAGCGAUGGACGAGAACUAUAGACCAGCUACGGGUUGCACAACAGGAACGUACCACUCUCAUCCGAAGUGCGAAAAGUUUUACGUAUGCGUAAACGGGGUGCUGGUAGCCCAGAGCUGCGCCCCCGGACUCGCCUGGAGACCUGACCGAUCGCAAUGCGAUUUCCCCAACGCUGCAUCGUGUAGCGAUCGGCGGGAGAGCAUCCCACCAUAUACGAUGGCCACCAAAAAACCAGCCACGUCACAAAUGAUUGUAGAACAACCAGAAUUUUGCACAAAUGGCGAGUAUACCGGGUACCCAUCCGACUGUACCAGGUAUCGACACUGUCUCUUUGGAAGAUUUGAAGAAUUCUCCUGUAACAGUGGCCUUCACUGGAACCAAGAAAGAAGUAUUUGCGACUGGCCAGUAAAUGCUAAAUGUACACAUGUAAUGCAAACGACAUCAAAGCCGGAACCGCCACCUCCACUACCGGAGCCAGAUAUUGAGGACAUUGAUGUAAUACCAGAACAUCACAUGCAACAAACCCCAUUACAAGAUACGCCAACCAAACCGAAUCUUCUUAAUACUCGUUACAAACUAGUAUGCUACUAUACAAAUUGGUCGUGGUACCGACCAGGCAUCGGUAGCUACGUACCCGAAGACAUAGACCCUACACUGUGCACUCACAUUGUAUACGGUUUCGCUGUAUUAGCGCCGGACUUUCUGAUGUCAGCACAUGACUCUUGGGCAGACUAUGAUAAUGAAUUCUACAAACGCGUAAUAGCAUAUAAAAGAUACGGCAUUAAAGUAUCCCUUGCACUCGGAGGGUGGAAUGAUUCAGCUGGUGAGAAAUAUUCAAUAUUAGUCAACGAUCGCUCGGCUCGCGAGAGGUUCGUAAACCACGCAGUACAAUUCCUUGAAGAAUAUGGCUUCGAUGGUUUGGAUUUGGAUUGGGAAUACCCAAAGUGUUGGCAAGUGGACUGCUCAAAAGGCCCUGAUACUGACAAAGAGGCUUUCGCUGACUUCGUGCAAGAAUUAUCAGCAGUAUUAAAACCCAGAGGAAUGCUUCUAUCAUCUGCAGUUUCGCCGAAUAAAAUAGUUAUUGAUGCUGGAUAUGAUGUUCCUGUGCUUGCAAGAUAUCUAGACUGGAUUGCCGUAAUGACAUAUGACUAUCAUGGACAAUGGGAUAAGAAAACUGGACAUGUCGCACCUUUAUAUUAUCAUCCCGAAGAUGAUACCACUUACUUUAACGCAAAUUACACCAUGCAUUACUGGAUUCAUAAAGGAGCUCCUCCAUCAAAGUUGGUGAUGGGUAUGCCGCUGUAUGGUCAAUCAUUCACACUUGGUUCUCAAUGGGAUACACCGCCACAACUUCUUGAAAAAAAGAACGCUACAGGAUUGAACAUCCCCGCGAUAACUGGGGGCGAACCUGGAGAAUAUACGCAAGCUAAGGGUUUCUUAGCAUACUAUGAGAUUUGUGACAGAAUCAGACACAGUGGAUGGCAGCUUGUAAAAGAUCCUUAUCAACGCAUGGGACCGUACGCGUAUAAAGACGAUCAAUGGGUAUCGUUCGACGACAUUGAUAUCAUUAAGAAAAAAGUUAACUUUAUCAAAUCUCUUAAUCUCGCCGGUGGAAUGGUCUGGGCACUUGAUCUUGACGACUUUAGAAAUAGAUGUGGUCAAGGAAAACAUCCCCUAAUGAAUGCUAUCAGAAACGGUCUUUUAGACCCUAAUGUUGAGCCAGAGACCGUUCCAAUGGAACCAUUAGAAGAACCCUCUAAUUCACUAGAAGAAGAUUUAGAGGAUAUUGUAGUAAGACCUGGAUACAAACCUAAGCCUACAACUGCACCUGUUAAACCUACGACACAGACUUACCCUGUAGUACAUACUACUAAGAAACCAACAACAGUCAGCACUAUUGUGUUCCCGGAGGAACGAUACAAAGUUGUUUGCUACUAUACUAACUGGGCUUGGUACAGACAAGGUUCCGGAAAAUAUACUCCAAAUGACAUCGAUUCUACCCUAUGCACCCAUAUCGUGUAUGCAUUCGCUGCUCUUGAUAGUGCCAAGCUGGUUAUAAAACCGCACGACAUGUGGCUUGAUAUCGAAAACAAAUUCUACGAGAAGGUGGUAGCUUUGAAGAAGCGAGGGGUGAAAGUUUUGCUUGGUCUUGGCGGAUGGGAUGAUUCCGCUGGUAACAAAUACUCACGAUUAGUGAACAGUUUGUCAGCCCGCAGAAAGUUUGUCGUUCACACACUUGACUUCCUCGAGCAACACGAGUUCGACGGCCUCGAUCUGGACUGGGAAUAUCCUAAGUGCUGGCAGGCGGCUUGCGAGAAGGGUCCGCACUCAGACAAAGACGGCUUCGCAAGCUUAGUUAAAGAACUUCGCGCCGCAUUUACUCCUCGGGGUCUGCUCCUCUCUGCUGCCGUUUCAGCCAGCAAACGAGUUAUUGACGUUGCGUAUGAUGUACCAACAUUAUCACAAAAUUUGGAUUGGAUUUCAUUAAUGACUUACGAUUACCACGGACAAUGGGAAAAGAAGACUGGUCAUUUGGCACCCAUGUACCUUCAUGAAUAUGAUGAUGAUCUCACAUUGAAUGUUAAUUAUACCGUACAUUACUGGAUAGAGCAAGGAGCAGUUCGUAACAAACUCAUUCUAGGCGUGCCUUUCUAUGGACAAUCAUUCUCUUUAAUGGAGAACAAUGUAAACGGUCUUGGUGCUUUUAGCGACGGAGGUGGCGAACCUGGAGACGAGACUAGAGCUCGUGGCUUUUUGUCUUUUUACGAGAUAUGCGAACGUAUCAAAGUGCAAGGCUGGCAGGUGUACCGUGACCCAGGCGGUCGCAUUGGGCCCUACGCGUCGUACGACGACCAGUGGGUGUCGUUCGACGACGAGUUCAUGAUAAGACACAAAGCCGAGUACGUGCGAGCAAUGGACCUCGGCGGCGCUAUGGCGUGGUCGCUCGAUCUGGAUGACUUCACCGGCAAGCACUGUGGUUGCGGGAAGUCACCGCUCUUGAGCACUAUAAACUUUGUGCUGAGGAACUAUCAAAUGCCGCCACCUUGUUUCCUAGAAGAGAUACAAGGUCCACGUCCAGUUGUAACAAACGAAAAUGCUUUGACACCAGAUGUGGGAAAUUUACCGGAGAUUAUCAACCAACCUGAAACAAGUCCUUAUGAUGACAAUAUAGGAAAUUCUGAAGUUUCAAUUUUGGAAGGGAAAUCAUGUUCAGACACUACGUUCAAAGCUGAUAAAAUAGACUGUAGUAAAUAUUAUUUAUGCUUGAAUGGACACUGGAUGGAACUAGCCUGUCCUGCACCGUUACUCUGGAACCAGAAUCACUGUGACGUGCCAGAAAACACCCCAUGCAGCACCAAAACAUACCUACGACUGACAGAGGAAAAGUCAACAGAGAAACCCAUACUUGCGUGCUAUUUUACUAACUGGGCAUAUUACAGGAAAGGAGAAGGCAGUUUUGGACCAGAAGAAGUGGACCCAUCCCUAUGCACACAUAUUAUUUACGCGUGGGCACAAGUCGAUGGCUCAACGUACCAAAUAGUUUCUGGAAAUCCAGAAUUAGAUGUGCAAUAUGACUUCUAUGGAAAACUAACUGAACUACGAUCAAAAGGAUUGAAAGUUAUUCUCGGUGUGGGCGGAUUGAAAGACUCGGAAUUCGAAAAAUGGAGUCGUUUGGUAGCGAGCCCACAGAACAGAAAAACAUUUGUGAAAUCAGUUCGGAAAUUCCUGCAGAAGUGGAACUUUGACGGCCUUCAGAUAGCCUGGCAGUACCCUAUUUGUAAACAGAUUCCAUGUAUUGACUUCGACAUCACGGAGAAAGAUAAUUACAACGCACUGCUCACAGAGUUGUCGAAAGCAUUGCGGCCUCAUAAUUUAGAGAUAUCAGCUAUGGUAUCGCCGAGCCCAGAGUUAGCUUCCUUAGCCUAUGACCCAGAGGUGUUAGGAGCUACGCUUGACUGGAUUUCCAUAGCGGCCAAUGAUUAUUAUGCCUCUAACACUGGGAGAACAGCUUAUCUAGUUUCUUUAGAAACUAGUGACCUAACGGGAAUCAGCAGUUUUAACUACACAUUAUCGUACUGGUCGAGUGUAGUACCCGCCCGUCUGUUGGUACUGGGCGUGCCGGCUUAUUCGCGCUCCUACACGCUGCGUGGGGCUGAAAGGGACGUGGGCGCGCCCUCCGUUGGACCCGGUCAGCCUGGCGACUACACCGCUAUCUCAGGAUUCCUGGCAUACUACGAAGUAUGUGAAGGAGUUCGUUAUCGCAAUUGGCAUGAGACGAGAACAGAGAAUGGAACGUAUGCAUCACUGGGUGCACAAUGGGCGUCGUACCUUCGGGCGGGCGAGGUUCACAGCGCAGGUGCAGCCGCUGUCGGUGCGGGCCUGCGCGGUGCCGCGCUGUGGGCGCUAGACCUGGACGACUGGGCCGCCCGGUGCGGCUGCGGGCCGCAGCCCCUGCUGCACGCGCUCCGCCAUGGACUCUACGAGCCUGACAUGCCCUACACGGGUUGUCUUUGAAUUAUCUCGGACUCAAUACAAUCGUGUUUAUUGUAUGCCAUUCUUAUAGAAGAUUUAACGAAACGUCAAUGAUUUUUUGGAUAGAAACAAGUAGACAUCCACUUCGGAAGCACCAUUUUCUAUACUCAAUUGAGUAUACAAAUUUAAAAUUUGUUAUAUACCUUUAAAUUAACUAAAAAUUGCUUUUUGGUAUAAAAUUCUUAGAGUAACAAUUAUUCUGAACAUAAUAUCAGUAUUGAUGAUCAAGAUAGGUUUACAGAAUCGAUUAGGUGUACUUGAUAUAAACAAGAUUGUAAUAUGUUAUCUUGUGAUUGAAUACAGACACAUAAUAAUAAUGUUAAUUGUGAACAAAAAUUACAAAUAUCUCCAAUCACUGUGUACUGUGUACACUCUGUACACUAUAGGUAUACGAGACCCCGAAUCGUGAUGACUCGUUGUUAUUUGUUUUCUAUAAAAAUAAAAAAGUGGAGUCAAUGGAAAAGUGUGAUGAAAUAAUUAAUCAGUGCAUGGGGCAUUAACCUAAAGACACUUAUACAUUAAUCCUUCGUUUAAGGGAAUCAAAAUGAAGAGCGUUUAACAUCUAAUAUUAGUAACAAAUAAUGUGUCUUUUCCAAUUAUGUUAAUGUGACUCUAACAGUCUGUUCCUAAUAAAUAUAUAAAAAAAAAUGUUAACUUCUGUAUUUAUGAUUAGAAAUGCAUCAUAUAAUAAAUAAUACGAAUCUUAGAUAAUGUCUACUAAUCUGCCCAUUAGAAAACCGAUUGUAAAAUCGGAAGUAAGAUAACUGUUUAUAUAUAAUAAAUAAAUUUAUAUAUAAACCUGCAAUAAAUGGAACCAAUUUGAAACCAAAUUGAAAUUUAAUUUGCUUUGAAAAGCUUCUAACUCGUUAAGUGAAAUAUUAAAUACAUACUCAAUGUGAUAUUUUUAUAUUACUAUAUUUUAUACAUUUGUACAAUGCGUAAUAUUAAUUGUACUUUUAUACUUGAUAAAAUAUAUUUAGUAUGUAUGUGUGUAGCUAGUUAAGAUAAUACUUAAAUACAUAAAAAUGUACCUCCAUAUUUCUACAAAACUACUUGUUAAUAGUUCUGCAUAUUAGUGUUGUAGGUACAAGCGAUUUCUGAAUAAAGAGUAGAAUCCUUUGAAAGAAAUUAAUACCAUAUUCUGAGCUAUGAAUAUACCAACUGUACAAUUUUGUCUAAAUUGUAUAAAAGUAUUUCAAUAAAACUAUUUUGUUUGACUCUUA